GGGAGGGAGAGGAAGGGGUGGCGUAGUCGCGGCUGUGUGAGGGAGUCGGAGUGUUUUGCUGUCGGCUUGGCCUGCGAGCCCCGCGAGAAACAUGCAGAUCUUUGUGAAGACUCUGACUGGCAAGACCAUCACCUUGGAGGUUGAGCCCAGUGACACCAUUGAAAAUGUCAAGGCCAAGAUCCAGGACAAGGAAGGCAUUCCCCCCGACCAGCAGAGGCUGAUCUUUGCUGGCAAGCAGCUGGAAGAUGGGCGCACCCUGUCUGACUACAACAUCCAGAAGGAGUCCACCCUGCACUUGGUGCUGCGUCUGAGGGGUGGCAUGCAGAUCUUUGUGAAAACUCUGACUGGCAAGACCAUCACCCUGGAAGUUGAGCCCAGCGACACCAUUGAGAACGUCAAGGCCAAGAUCCAGGACAAGGAAGGCAUUCCCCCCGACCAGCAGAGGCUGAUCUUUGCUGGCAAGCAGCUGGAAGAUGGGCGCACCCUGUCUGACUACAACAUCCAGAAGGAGUCCACCCUCCAUCUUGUGCUGCGCCUGCGGGGUGGCAUGCAGAUCUUCGUGAAGACCUUGACAGGCAAGACCAUCACCCUGGAGGUGGAGCCCAGUGACACCAUUGAAAAUGUCAAGGCCAAGAUCCAGGACAAGGAAGGCAUUCCCCCGGAUCAGCAGAGGCUGAUCUUCGCUGGCAAGCAGCUGGAAGAUGGGCGCACCCUGUCUGACUACAACAUCCAGAAGGAAUCCACCCUCCAUCUUGUGCUGCGCCUGCGGGGUGGUAACUGAACUGGCCAGUUGUUUGCUUCCAAAGUAAAAGUUUCUCUGCACUUGUUCAUCCAAUAAAGCUGUUGCAUCCACAAAA